AUGAGCAAUUCUAAACUUUGGGAGUACUCGUUGCUUGACUGCUGCUCAGUACCUUUGAUAUCUCUCAUAACCUGUACACUAUGCCCUUGUCAAGUUGCUAGACAAAGAGCAACUCUACAUUCUGACUUUGGUCUAUCUGAAUGCCUGUUUACAUUCUGUUGCCUACCAUUUGCAGCAUGUAGAACUCGUGCCAAUAUACGUAAUAGAUAUGAUAUACCUGGUAGUAUGAUUGGUGACUGUUUAUGUAUGUGUUAUUGUGGUUGUUGUGCAACUGUACAACAGACCAGAGAGUUGGAGGUCAUGGGCGACAAGCCCGCCGGACUAUUCAUGCCACGACCAGACAAACAAAGGAGUAGUGAUGGUGUU